ACAAGAACAAAAUGUCGCUGAACACAGCGCACGCACACGGUGGUGUGCUUAUUUACGCUGGGGAAAGCAUUCUUGUUCAUAGUGAUGGAGUGGAUCUAGACUUUGAAGGAGUAGACAUUGCUCAUUUUAAAGGGACCAAGAAGGGAAGAAUCUAUUUGACAACACACAGGGUUGUCUUCACCAACAAAAAUGGGAAGGAUAUGUUACAGUCCUUCAGUAUGCCGUUUCUGAUGUUGAGGGAAGUGGCACUAGAGCAGCCCAUCUUUGGGGCCAACUAUAUCAAGGGCAAGGUGAUAGCUGAGGAAGGGGGUAACUGGCAGGGAACAGCAAAGUUUAAGCUCAAGUUUACCAGUGGUGGAGCAAUAGAAUUUGGCCAGGCUAUGUUGAGAGCCGGUCAGCUGGCUUCCCGUAAUCGGCCUGCUCAGCCCCCUCCUUACACACCGCCGGCUGGACCUUUCUACUCUGCCCCUCCCCCAGCCUACUACCCCCCUCAGACACCAUACUACAGUUGGGUGCCCACGAACACAUUCCCUACAGCACCACCACCUGACAGUGUGUAUAUGACGAGUGCCCCUCCCCCGUAUCCCGGAGUUGACCCUAACAUGGCACCUUACCCACCCCCCCAGGCUAAUGGGAUGAAUGGCUAUGCCCAGGGGAACUCUAAUGAUGAAAAGGCGAGAGAAGCAGCUGCAAGUGGGUACUAUAACCCACAGGCCCCACAUGAUGUGUAUGUUCCUCAGGCCAGUGCCCCAUCCUAUACAGACCUGCCACCUCCAUACUCAGAGGUGGAAAAGAAAAAAAAUUAGAAACAUUGGGCUACAGAGUAUAAGUGGGGAAGUCAUUGUCAUCGAGAGGGAAAUACAGCUAUCUCCACAUUCACUGCAGUAUUGAAAUACUGUGUUAUAUGUAAAUAACAGUUGAUAGUGAAUUUCCUUGUACUUCAUAUAUUGAGAUGCUCGAUGUAAUUUAUACAUUG